AUGGAGAGGAGAAACAUUGCAAAGAAGAGAAACUUUCCUGAGCUGGUAAUCGACACCCUCAUGUCUGAGGUGGAGGUAAAAGUAAAAAGUGAGCCAGGCACCAGCGGCAUGGCAUCCAGAUCUUCUCCCCAGAGCGGUCCCACCGAGCCAGGCAUGCGUGCACUCCGCCUCCCGUGCUGGGUCAAGACCAGCAAUCAUCACGGCAAAGGGUUUGCCAGCGGGGUUAUAAGGUACGUGUUUACCUUCAUCUAUACAUUUGAAGCAACAGUUAAAAUCAUGGCCCGAGGAUUCUGUGUCGGAGGUUUCACCUUCCUGAAAGACCCCUGGAACUGGCUGGACUUCAUGGUCAUCAGCAUGGCGUACCUGACAGAGUUCGUAGAUUUGGGAAACGUCUCUGUGUUGAGGACGUUCAGAGUUCUUCGAGCUCUGAAGACGAUCACAGUCAUUCCCGGUCUGAAGACGAUUGUCGGAGCUCUCAUCCAAUCAGUGAAGAAGCUGGGUGAUGUCAUGAUUCUGACACUGUUCUGCCUCAGUGUCUUCGCUCUGAUUGGUCUGCAGCUCUUUAUGGGAAACCUGCGGCAAAAAUGCGUCCUAAUACCUCCGCUGUCGCUUAGCAACUACACGUCUGACAUCAACCUUAACGUCAGUUACCAUGGAAACAAUACAGGAAGCAGUGAGGACUUAGAUUACUUUGAGUUCAUCAACAAUCCAGAGAACUAUUACCACCUUCCUGGUCAUCUCGAUGCUCUGUUGUGUGGAAACAGUUCUGAUGCCGGGGCCUGUCCGGAGGGUUACCUCUGUCUAAAGGCGGGGAGAAACCCAAACUACGGAUACACCAGCUAUGACACCUUUGGGUGGGCGUUCCUGUCUCUGGUCCGACUGAUGACCCAGGACUUCUGGGAAAACCUCUUCCAGCUGACGCUGAGAGCAGCAGGUAAAACUUACAUGAUCUUCUUCGUGGUCAUCAUCUUCCUGGGCUCGUUCUACCUCAUUAACCUCAUCCUGGCUGUGGUCGCCAUGGCGUACGCCGAGCAGAAUGAGGCCACCAUAGCCGAGGCCAAACAGAAGGAAGAAGAGUACGCUCAGAUCCUGGAGCUGCUGAAGAAGAGGGAGAAAGAGCAGGCGGUCUGCAGGGCAGAGCUCUCGGAGAAACAACACUCAGCACCACAGGAGAAGAACUCAUCUGCAGAAACAAAGACCCACGAGCAAGAACACACUGCCAUGGAAGAGUUUGCAGAUGAACAGAGGCCCUGUCCUCCAUGUUGGUACUCCUUCGCCAACAUCUUCCUGAAGUGGAACUGUUGUGGCUGUUGGCGGUGGGUCAAACGGGGCCUCUACAUCUUCGUCAUGGACCCUUUUGUCGACCUCGGCAUCACCAUCUGUAUCGUCCUAAACACUGUCUUCAUGGCAAUGGAGCAUUAUCCAAUGACAGAGGAGUUUGAGGAGCUUCUGAGUGUGGGAAAUUUGGUCUUCACGGGGAUCUUCACAGCUGAGAUGGUCCUCAAACUUCUGGCCAUGGACCCAUACUACUAUUUCCAGGUAGGCUGGAACAUCUUUGACAGCAUCAUCGUCACCAUGAGUCUGGUGGAGCUGGGAUUGGCUAACGUUCAGGGCCUGUCUGUGCUGCGCUCCUUCCGAUUGAUGCGAGUGUUCAAGCUGGCCAAGUCAUGGCCGACCCUCAACAUGUUGAUAAAGAUCAUUGGGAACUCAGUGGGGGCUCUGGGGAACCUAACCCUGGUGUUGGCCAUCAUCGUCUUCAUCUUCGCCGUCGUUGGCAUGCAGCUGUUCGGAAAGAACUACAAAGACUGCGUCUGUCGCAUCUCACUCGACUGCGAGCUUCCUCGCUGGCACAUGUACGACUUCUUCCACGCCUUCCUCAUCAUCUUCCGAAUCCUGUGUGGAGAGUGGAUCGAGACCAUGUGGGACUGCAUGGAGGUCUCAGGUCAGGCCAUGUGUCUGAUUGUCUUCAUGUUGGUCCUCGUCAUCGGAAACCUGGUGGUCCUGAACCUGUUCCUGGCCUUGUUGCUGAGCUCUUUCAGCGGUGAUAAUCUGGCAGCUCCAGAGGACGAAGGAGAAAACAACUUGCAGAUUGCCAUCAACAGGAUCAGUCGAGCUUUGUCCUGGAUGAAGACCUGGAUUUUGGAACAUAUCUGGACUUUAGUGGGAAAGAAGGUCCAUGUCGACCCAGACCACCUGGCGGUCGACAGUGACAACAAGACGAAGGAGCUUUUGGCUUUGACCUUUGUGACCUCAGACGAGCCACUGUCAGAGGUCAAGCCCCUCAGCUGUAACCGUGAAAACCUGAGCAGCAACUAUCACAACAUCGCCUGCCUGAGGGUCCCCAUCGCCGAGGCCGAGUCUGACUUCGAGACGCCUGAUGAUGAUGACAAUGAUGAUGAUAAAGAUGAAGACGAGGAGGAGGAAGAAAUGCACUCACAGUGUGACGAGUCGUCGGUCUGCAGCACAGUACAAAAACUUCCUGAAGUUCAGGACGACGAGGACGAUGAAGACUCCAAUACAAACACACCUGUGGACUGCUGCAGUGAAAACAACUCCAGACGGAGAGAUACCAUGCAUUUGGGAUCUGUCAACUACCAGUAUGACGAUGCAAGUUCUGAUUUCUCUUUGGAGCACUGA